GCUUCACAAAGCUAAACUUUUUAUUGGAAAACGCCAAAGCAGAGAGAUACAUAUUGUUGAUUGGGGAUAUCUCAGUGGAAGAAUAGCAGAUAAUUAGACAAAUGGAAGAAGAAAAAAUUAAAAUGGAACAGGUCAAGAAUCCUGUUGAGAAAGAGCAGAUAUAUGUUCACCAGGUGUAUAACGAGAUUGCUUCUCAUUUCUCAGAAACCAGAUACAAACCAUGGCCAAUAGUUGAGAAGUUUCUUCAAAGUCGAGAAAAAGGAUCGAUUGGCAUCGACGUGGGGUGUGGGAAUGGAAAGUACUUGAACAUCAACAAGAAUGUGUUUAUCAUUGGAAGUGAUUACUCAGACAAUUUGAUAGUACUAUCCAGUGAGAUCAAUGGAGAUUCGGUAAACAACGAUUCAAUUGUGUGUGAUGGAUUGUCGUUGCCACAUUUAAACAACCAGUUUGAUUUUGCAAUCUCUAUCGCUGUUAUCCACCAUUUUUCAACAGAGGAGCGAAGAAUCCAGGCCAUUGUCCACAUUUUGUCAAAGUUGAAGCCCAAUGGCGAGGCAUUGAUCUAUUGCUGGGCUUUGGAGCAAGAAAAGUCGAGAAGAGGUUGGAAAAAGGGAAUGACACAGGAUGUUUUGGUGCCUUGGGUGCUUCAAAAGAAGAAGCCCAAGUCCAAGAAGGCGAGGAAGAGCAAGACAAAAAGAGGAAACGAAGUGGUAGAUACAAGUGCUACCAUCAAAAGCGAGAAAGCAGUUGAAGACAAUGGAGAGGAGACCAAGCUAAGAUACUACCAUUUGUACAAAGAAAACGAGCUCAACGAGAAUGCCAUUGCUGCUGGUGCUGUUGUGGUGGAACAUGGCUACGAAAGAGACAAUUGGUGGGUUAUAAUUAAAAAGCCUGCUGUUUAGUUUAGAUAUAUCUAUGGAUUUAUGUAGUUUUGUCCGUAAAGUCGUUUGUAUUUUGAAUCUUUUCUUCUUCUUCUUCUUCCGAGCCCUAAACCAGGGCUCCC